CCCGGCACAGACGAUCAGGCUGGCUGGACUGUUGCUGGACUUUGGAUGUCCGACUCUCAUGUUACUACCACGUGUCGUGCUGGGCAGCUGAGGCAGAAGUGCACGAAUAGAGCAGAAUUGAACUCAUUUUCCAGCCCUUCGUUAGUUAAAGUAGGGGUACCUACUUCGGAGAGUUCUUACUCGGCCGUAAAAGAUCUACGUCCCAUCGUCCUCGCCACACGUUCGGAGUUGCUGGGAUGAGCGUAGGGCCGGCCGCGACCGUUGGAGAUUGUUGUUAUAAGGUCGCAUGUCAGACCCAACUCUGCCUGCCUACCAACUCCGGAGUUCGCGAGCCUUAUCCUUCUUUCCUGACGAUGAGAUUCCUUCUGGGACAUGCCUGACCUUGCUUGACCCCGCGAUUCAUGUUUGCAUUCGGAACUUUGUAUUCCUCACGCUGCCUUCCGGAAAGUCUCUGGACACUCUUCCUCUUUUGAUCUUUCUACUUUCCCCUUUACACACGUAGUCUUACCCCGACAUUCUCCAUCCGCUGAUUGCCGCGCGUGGGGUGAUUGAACACCAAGGGAACGUGAAACAACAACAGCGCUUACCGUCUACGCCCGCGAUCCGAUCGACGACUAGCCCCCAAGGGGUCGAUAUCUUAUCAGGAACAGCAAACAGAAGAGAAACUUUGGCUUGGACCUUAGUCGAAAUGUUGAGAAUGUUUUCCGGCAUGAAUGGGCUUGGGGGUUCGCUUUUGGUUGUCAUCGUCCUUAUGGCUCUGGUCUUCGCCGCAUCCAGAUUCGACUUUAUCCUGACGUCAGGCAAGUCCAAAGAUGGCGAUUUGGAAGGGGAGGAUGAUUCGACUUACGCUUUCUACGCCUCUAAGAGGAGACGGGCUUCCAGUGUGAAGCGAGUCACUUUCGACAUCUAGCAAUGAACGUACGCGCUGGACUGGCUUGCAUGGACGGCAGCAUUUUGGAGUAUCACCCAAUGAUGUUUGAAAUUUGUAGGGUUUAAUUUUCGUUACGAAGGAGUAGGCGCACUGGGACGGCAAUGGGGGAAUUUUUGUUUACGGCAGCUCAUCGCUCGCUAUCAGCCUUUACACAUCAUUGCAGCUUCAAGUUCUACCUGAGACUACAACUUUUUCAACUAUCAAGAUGUUUCGCCUACUGAAAAAGUACGCAAGGCGCAAGAGGUCACUAAGCCUAGCCGGUGUACAGUAUUACACGAGGUUGCGUGUACUGCCCCUUUCGUAAACAACCACCACAGGCUAGGAACUCCGCCCUGGCUUCUUGUAUGGCCAUUUACCUAGCUGUAGGUAUUUCUGCUUCUCAGACACCAAGGG